AUGUCACACGGUGAUCACUCACGAGACCCAUGUCCCUAUGUCAUUCUUAACGAUUUCGGCGGGGCCUUCUCCAUGGGCGCAAUAGGAGGGGGGAUAUGGCACGGUAUCAAGGGUGCGAGAAAUAGUCCCAGAGGAGAACGUCUGAUCGGUUCGGUGUCUGCUAUAAAAGCACGAGCACCAGUCCUCGGCGGGAACUUUGGGAUCUGGGGAGGACUGUUCUCAUCCUUCGAUUGCGCGGUGAAGGGGUACAGGCAGAAGGAGGAUCCGUGGAAUGCGAUCAUUUCGGGGUUCUUGACGGGUGGAAGUUUGGCGCUGCGAGCUGGACCCAGAUCAGCAUUGGGAUCAGCUAUCGGUUGUGGUAUUCUCUUGGGUGUAUUCGAGGGUGUCGGUGUAGUCAUGAGUCGAGCAUUCGCACAGCCUAUUCCUCCUAUCCCACUACCGGAAGCACAAGCGAGUCCUGCGAUUGCUUAG